UCUCAUGGUUGGGGGGGGGGGGGGGGGAAAGAUGGCGGAGCUGAUGCUCCUCAGCGAGAUUGCGGACCCGACGCGCUUCUUCACCGACAACUUGCUGAGCCCGGAGGAUUGGGACAGCACCUUGUACACUGGCCUAGAUGAAGUGGCCGAGGAGCAGGCUCAACUUUUCCGCUGUCCUGAGCAAGAUGUACCGUUUGGCAGCAGCUCUUUGGACGUGGGGAUGGAUGUCAGCCCCCCGGAGCCCCCAUGGGACUCCCUACCUAUCUUCCCAGAUCUUCAAGUGAAGUCUGAGCCAUCCUCUCCCUGCUCUUCCUCCUCUCUCAGCUCAGAAUCAUCGCAUCUUUCCACAGAGCCUACCAGCCAGACUCCUGGCCCAGGAGAUGUGCUGGUUGUGAAGACAGAGUCCUUAGAACCCCCCCUCUGCCUCCUGGGAGAUGAUCCAACAUUGCCAUUUGAAACUGUCCAGAUCAAUGUGGGCCCCAGCUCUGAUGAUCCCACAGAUGUCCAGACUAAGGUAGAACCCGUCUCUCCAUGUUCUUCCAUCAACUCCGAGGCUUCCCUGCUCUCAGCAGAGUCCCCCAACCAGGCUUUCAUAGGGGAAGAGGUACUGGAAGUGAAGACAGAGUCCCCAUCCCCUCAAGGGUGUCUCCUGUGGGAUGUCCCAGGUCCCCCCCUUGGAGCUGUCCAGAUCAGCAUGGGCCCGUCCUCUGAUGGCUCCUCAGGCAAAGCCCUGCCCUCCCGGAAGCCAGCACUGCAGCCCAAACCUGUGGUGAUAACCACUGUCCCUCUGCCACCCAGGGCUGUGCCUUCCAGCACCACUGUCCUUUUGCAGCCUCUUGUCCAGCCGCCCCCAGUGUCUCCAGUUGUCCUCAUCCAAGGUGCUAUCCAGGUCCAGCCUGAGGGGCCAAACCCCGCUGCUCCUCGGCCUGAGAGGAAGAGCAUUGUUCCAGCUCCUAUGCCUGGGAACGCCUGCCCCCCUGAAGUGGAUGCAAAGCUGCUGAAGCGGCAGCAGCGAAUGAUCAAGAACCGGGAGUCAGCCUGCCAGUCGCGGAGGAAGAAGAAGGAGUAUCUUCAGGGGCUGGAGGCGCGGCUGCAGGCGGUGCUGGCUGACAACCAGCAGCUGCGCCGGGAGAACGCUGCCCUCCGGCGGCGGCUGGAGGUGCUCCUGUCUGAGAACAGCGAGCUCAAGCUAGGGUCCGGAAACAGGAAGGUGGUCUGCAUCAUGGUCUUCCUUCUGUUCAUUGCCUUCAACUUUGGGCCUGUCAGCAUCAGCGAGCCGCCUCUGGCUCCUACCUCGUCUCGCGCCAGCGGGGAGGAGCCGAGGCCGAGGCGACACCUGCUUGAGUUCUCUGCGCAAGAGCCGGUUCACGGAGUUGAGGCCUUGCAGGGCUCUUCCCAGGUCCCCCAGGAGCCCCAGCUCAGUCCCACGGGCCGGCCAAGUUUCAGGAACCUGACGGCCUUCCCCGGGGGCUCCAAGGAGCUGCUGCUAAGGGACCUGGACCAGCUCUUCCUCGCCUCUGACUGCCGGCACUUCAACCGAACCGAAUCCCUGAGGCUUGCUGAUGAGCUGAGUGGCUGGGUCCAGCGCCACCAGAGAGGCCGGCGGAAGAUACCCCAGAGGGCCCAGGAGCGACAGAAGUCUCAGCUGCGGAAGAAGCCACCUCCAGUUAAGGCAGUCCCCACCCAGCCCCCGGGUCCCCCAGGAAGGGAUUCUUUGGGUCAGCUGCAGCUGUAUCGCCACCCAGACCGUUCACAGCCAGAAUUUCUGGAUGCAAUUGACAGACGGGAAGACACGUUUUAUGUCGUCUCUUUCCGAAGGGACCACUUGCUGCUCCCAGCCAUCAGCCACAACAAGACCUCACGGCCUAAGAUGUCCCUGGUGAUGCCCGCCAUGGCCCCCAAUGAAACCCUGUCAGGCCGGGGUCCCCCAGGGGACUAUGAGGAGAUGAUGCAGAUCGAGUGCGAGGUCAUGGACACCAGAGUGAUUCACAUCAAGACCUCCACAGUGCCCCCCUCACUCCGAAAACAGCCGUCCUCGACCCCCGGCAAUGCCACUGGUGGCCCCUUGCCAGCUUCUGCAGCCAGCCAGGUCCCGCGGGCGGCUCGCCAGCCCCUCUACCUCAAUCACCCCUGACCUCUAGACUCACACUGACUCAGCUGGGGGGUGGGAGGGGGGGCAGGUGGGGCUCUUUCUGAUUUCCCUGAUUCCUAAGCUUGGGGCACUUAGUAAAGGAAAGAGGGUGUGGGGCUAAGCACUUACUUGGUGGUGAGGGGGGUUCACCCUCAUUUCACCCUCUUUUGGAACAUAAGGCUCCUCUCAUUUCUGUGAACCUCCAGUCCCUGUUUCUUCCUUUGAGGCUAUUGUGGUUAAAUUUUAGGGUACACACUCUAAUCUUUUGUUUUUCUGUUUGGGGGGUGGAGGUGGGUGGGAAUUCAGUCCCCGGGUGGGACAGGGAGAUUUUUACAUUGUGGAGCUAGCUGCAAGGAGCCAGGAGUCGCAGAGAGAAACCAGGUUUCUGUGUGUGUACACCUUCUUUUUUAUUAUUAAAUAAACAACUUGGAGGGAGU